AUGUAUAUAUACAUCCUUAUCUUUUGUUUGAUGUGUGAAUUUUUUUUUUUUUUUUUUUGUGUGUGUGUGGGAAAGAGUAGUGUAAGAGAGAGAGGGAUGCGUUUGUGGCGUUUUGAUUGUGUCUUACGUGUCGGCAGGAGCGGGCGGCGACAUGCCUCCACGGUCGCCAAGGCGUUGCCGGUGCGCAUGAUUGGUGUUGUGCACAAAGUGUUUCCUGACCGGGGGUACGGCUUUGUUCUCGCCGUGCCACCUCCUGCUUCGCUUCUGUCGACGGCCCCGCAUCCAGCAUCAUCCACAACGAUGGAAGAGAUCGGGGAAGACGCGCAAAUUACGGCGAGUGUAUCACAGCCGUUGAGCCGAGGAGAUCCUUUGAGUGUUUGGUUCCUUCUGCGUAAAGGUGAGGCCUCUACAACUGAGACGCGGGGGAAGUCGGAGGGCGCGGCUUCUCCGCCAACACCUUUGCCUGGAUCGUACGUGACCUUCUCCGCCACCUGCCACUAUGACAAGGCGAAGCAAACGCAUCUGUGGCGGGCGCAGGAGGUGGUGCCAUGUGAUCCUGAGGAAGAGUUGCAAGCGGCACUUCGAAGGGUUCGAGAUGUGCGGUGGGAUUGCAUCACCUCCGAGGACGUGAGGAGGGAGAUGCGCCAGGUUGCACAGCGGUACUUGUUGGAGGAGCAAAGGGCAGUGAAAAGUGCGUCUCGCAAGGACGAUGAUGCGGCGGCCGAGGCUUCUCAACGUUCUUUACUUGAAGGGGAAAUGGUGGAUGACAUUGCCAUGGAGGAGCUUCAGAUGCAACUGACCCAGGAACGAGUACGGCGACAUUUCCACCAUCUUAACAAGGCGUCACAACGUUUUUUUGUUCGUGAAGUGGACCUGCGGCGGCCGAUGAUAUCAGCGCAGAAAGAUAUGGAGAUGCAAACAAAUCCCGAAGGGGACGAAGUUGCUGUCGGCCGUUGGCGGUUUUCAGAUGACGAGAGGAGGCGUUGGGAACGUGUACUGCAAUGUCUCAAGGAGCAGGAUUGA